GGGGCAGUUGAGGGGUGGCAGAUCACAGGCAGCUCCUCAUCCAGCCAGCCUCGCCUCCCACAGGGAAGGGCCGGCUCAGCCAAUCGGCUCCGCCCAGCUCGCAACGCGGAAGCCGGGGAGCCAGCCUGGCUCCUGGCUUUGGGGCUGGGAAUUGUGGGAGGCGGGCCGGGCCCCACUGGAGGCACCCUUUUGUGUAAGGACCCCAGGAACCAGUCCUCCGUCUGGCCACAGGGACACUGGGUUGUGGCAUUUCUCCAGCUGCUCCCCAGGGGGAGGGAAGAUCUCCCUGGAGCCAACAGGCCUAGCCUCUGACCCUGGAAACACCCAGCCCAGGCCUGCCUGAGGGCCAACAAGUCAGGGUGCAGCAAAUUUUUAACCAGACAUGUUGAUCGUUAACUGGGGUAGGAAGGAGUCCAAACUCAGCAUCCCUCGGGGGCAGAGGCCAGCUGGGCUUUGAGCCUCCUGUGGAGAUGCUGGGCCCCCGAGUCUGGUCCUCUGUGAGGCAGGGGCUGAGCAGGGCCUUGUCCAGCACCGUGGGGGGCUGGGCCUCAGGGGAGGGGAGGAAGGUGGACAUCUCAGGCGUCUACCCCCCUGUGACCACCCCCUUCACUGCCACGGCCGAGGUGGACUAUGGAAAACUGGAGGAGAAUCUGCACAAACUGGGCACCUUUCCCUUCCGAGGCUUCGUGGUCCAGGGCUCCAACGGCGAGUUCCCCUUCCUGACCAGCAGUGAGCGCCUGGAGGUGGUGACCCGCGUGCGCCAGGCCCUGCCCAGGGACAAGCUCCUGCUAGCCGGCUCGGGCUGCGAGUCCACUCAGGCCACGGUGGAGAUGACGGUGAGCAUGGCCCAGGUCGGGGCUGACGCCGCCAUGGUGGUGACCCCUUGCUACUAUCACGGCCGCAUGAACAGUGCCGCCCUCAUUCACCACUACACCAAGGUUGCUGACCUGUCUCCAAUUCCUGUGGUGCUCUACAGUGUCCCAGCCAACACGGGGCUGGACCUGCCUGUGGAUGCGGUGGUCACGCUUUCCCAGCACCCGAAUAUCGUGGGCAUCAAGGACAGCGGUGGUGAUGUGACCAGGAUUGGGCUGAUUGUUCACAAGACCAGGAGGCAGGAUUUCCAGGUGUUGGCUGGAUCGGCCGGCUUCCUGCUGGCCAGCUAUGCCGUGGGGGCUGUGGGGGGCGUGUGUGCCCUGGCCAAUGUCCUGGGGGCUCAGGUGUGCCAGCUGGAGCGACUCUGCCUCACAGGGCAAUGGGAAGACGCCCAGAAGCUGCAGCACCGCCUCAUCGAGCCAAACACGGCGGUGACCCGGCGCUUCGGGAUCCCGGGGCUGAAGAAAACCAUGGACUGGUUUGGCUACUACGGAGGCCCCUGCCGCGCCCCCUUGCGGGAGCUGAGCGCCGACCAGGAGGAGGCGCUGCGCCUGGAUUUCACCAGCAACGGCUGGCUCUGAGCGUGAGGAGGGGACCGCCGGACCGCGCCCAUCUCAGCCUCCUGCCUUGCGGCAGCAGCAUAAAGAGGAACGCGGGGUACGAGGGUUCAAGGCCCCUCUUCUUACUUCAGUCCUCCAGGUAGCCUCUCUCCAGGCGCUGCCAUGCACGCUUGUUUCCUGUUCUCCCGGCCCCAUGACCUCGCAUUUGUAUCCUGAACUCUGGGUCUCUAGAGACCUUCAGUCUGGGAAGGAGCAAUGACUUACUUGUUUCUCUACUGUGCUUUUCUGUCCCCUGAGACACGUGAACCAGGAGCCAGAGGGGAAAGCCAGGGGGGCAGUUGGGCACAGAAAGGCCAUGUUUUACUGAAAGGAAGACUGCUUAGACUUGGGGGUACAAACCUGAGUCCAGCACAGUGCAGCAGGAAGCCAGGGUGACUCCUGAGAACCCAAGUUCUGACUCCUUCCAGGGGAAGCAAUAGGUUGGGAAACCUGAUCAGAAAUGUGUCACUGGUCUUUCAAAGACACCCCCCUCCCCGCCCCAAGCUGCAUUCUAAUCCUUUCCUAAAUCUAUUUUGAUUGAUCUCAUAUUGUCUCUAGCCUUGAUCCCAACCAUCAUGUGCACAAGUGAGACAGCCCAGUGGCUUGCCAGAACUGGUAAAUAAUGACACCUGGUGGAUAAAUGUUACAUUCUAGAAGGCUAUUCUAGCCAACCCAGGUCUGAAACAUUAGGAAAGGGGACUUGGCCUGAGAUAGGACCAUCCUCUUGCCUAUACACACUCUGCUUUUAUUGUUAGGAACAAUUACUUUGUUACUGCAAUAAAGUUGAAUAAGUUAAA